AUGGGCGUUGCUGUGGUAGAUCUUUCGCGUCUGCAAGGCGCCCCCGCCGAGCGGGAGGCCGUUCUCCUCACAUUUCUCGAAUCGUGCGCAUCUCAUGGUUUCAUUAAGAUAAUUGGCCAUGGGAUUCCAGAGGCCAGACUCAAAGAACUCUUUCACUGGACCAAAGAGUUCUUCGAGUUCCCGGCCUCGGUGAAACAAACAGCGCCUCGUCCGCUUGUUGGGCCAAAUCGCGGAUAUAUUGCGGUCGGGGGAGAGAAACUCUCUGGAAUCUCAGGUUAUAUGAAAGGAGUGCGAAAUCCGGUCAUGCGAAAUGAUGUCAAGGAAUCAUUCGAUGCAGGCCCCGAGCAUGAUAAGAUCCAUCCUACCCCUUGGCCUGUAGGUCCACGUUGUGACGAGUUCAGAGUGUUUAUGGAGGCAUUCUUGUUGGAAUGCCUGGCGGUGCAUAAUGGCUUACUGCAUCUUCUGGAAGAGGCCUUGCAUUUGAGUCCCAAUGACCUGACCUCUCGCUGCUCCGCUGGAAACGGUGAAGUGCGCAUCACACACUACCCACCUGUUCCGAUCACGCAGUUGAAGACAGGGUCCACAUAUCGUAUUUCUGAACACACUGAUGUCGGGAUCCUCACAUUGCUCUUCCAAGACGCGGUGGGUGGACUUGAAAUCGAGGGACAGACCAAGUCCUCGGAAUUUAUCCCAAUCGAAAGCUCCAGCCUCAAUGAGAUGAUAGUCAACUGCGGCGACACCUUGCAGCGAUGGACAGCGAAUUAUCUGCGUUCUGCAAACCACCGCGUGACAUACCCGCCGGGGUUGCAGGACGAAGAUGCUUUGAUUCCAGCUCGAUACUCAGUGGGAUUCUUUGGCAAGGCGAACGUGUCUGCUUCUAUGGCCGCGCUGCCAGAAUUUGCAUCACGUCUAGAGGGUGGAGUGGAUAUGGAUGAGAGGACCGCGCAGGAGUAUUAUAACUACAUGCACGAAAGAACGGUCGCUGCGCCAGCAAAAUUUGCUGCAUAA